AUGUAUUCGAGUACUGCAUACACCUUUUCUCAGAUAAACUCGUCCCUGAACCGGUUGGCUCUGGACCUCGCGAUCCGAUCUGUGCCCGCCAAUGCGGCGUUACUUGAUAUUGAUAUCUUGCUGCAUAUCUUCUCCUGGGUCGUAGAGAAGGAUCGACCGUCUCUAUGUUCUUGUUCCAAGCACGCCCCAAACUCGGCCGAGUUGAUGCAGCGUCCCUGCUGUGACGGCUUCCCAGAGUGCCAACACCGCGAGGAGCCUGCAUGCGUCCGUGGUAGGCCGUUCGACUCCCGCCACUGCGUUCACAACUUGGGGUGGAUCAAACUUGGUCAUAUAUGCCACCACUGGCGCUCUGUACUGCAAGGGAUUGGCAGAUUCUGGGCGAACGACCUAUGCACGCUCAAUAACUCGGCUUUGGUCCAUUUCCUGUCAUACGCGAAAGGGUCUCCUCUGACCAUCGACCUCACUCCCGAGAAGGUCCAGAAUAUGGUACACCCCGCAACGCGCAGGGAACGUGCAGAGCUACUGCGUCCGCAUAUACCCCGAGCUCGGGUCGUACGUUGCGGUUGGUAUAGCUGGACCCCCGCGUCGUUUGAGCAACCUCUCCCGUUACUCGAGACGCUCGUGUUGUCGACCGAGAUUCCCUCGACUGUUUCAGCCCCUACUCUUCAGCAUGCGGUCUCGAACGAGGGCCCUCUUUACCAUCAAGCGAUGCAUUCCGCAUCCCAUCCGAUCAUCCUCAAUGCGCCAUCCCUGCGAACAUUGUACUUUCGGCUCUGGGAGCGGGACCGCUACGUAGAAAUCCCUCGUAUGCUCUUGACGGUCUCAAGCAUCACACAUCUUUUGCUAGGGACGGAUCACCCCAAUUCCUAUUACAAUCAACGCGACAUCGAUACAGAUGAUGCGCUCGAUGCGCGUGAGAUUCUGGACGUACCCGAUGGCUCGUUGCAUCUACCGGCUCUUACCAGACUGCAAGUUCUAGGACCGGGGGCUGGGCACCCAAUCAUACGCAGGCUUAUAGCGCAUCUGGCCACCAAUCCGCAAGGCGCUUUACAGCAGCUUUCCGUUCAGCGCAUCAAUCCUUCGUUCCUUCGAUCUCAUAUUUCCCUGGACGCAUUGCGUUCACACAUCCGGGCCGUCCACCCAGACAAUAUUUCGUUCCAGUUUCGUGACAGCUGUAGAACCCUUGUCAUGUCGGUGGCACGCCAGAGACCUGGCGACGAGCGGGAGAACUAUCCGUCAACAACAAUCAAUGUGAACAUCCACGAUGCCGCGCACAGUUGGAUUGAUAUCUUGGAACAUACACUCUUCCCACUCGUGCCUUUGGGCGAAAUACAUCACCUCUAUCUUGAUAGCUUGCCUGAGGUUACAGGAACACAAUUCCAAUUCAGCAGGGUGCUUCGACAGCUGUGCUCGGUGCGCACUCUUCAUCUGCAUGACCAUCACUGGAUGUCGAGCACGUCGCUUCUGCGUGUGGGCCUAUACCCAAUCGUGGGAUUGCGCUUCAAGGAGAAGCCUUGGCUCCCUGCUCUCUCCAGCCUGCACAUCGCCUAUCCCUCCGAGCCCGAAAAGCUAUCAAGCUGGUGGCAGGACCUGGAGGCAGCCUUGCGCGAGCGUCGUGAGAAGCACGGAGUUCCUAUCACCACACUCCGCGUCCUCAUCGAACGCGAUGUCUCUCGGUUGGAGGAUGAUGCCGUUCGAACAAUACAGCGCGAGAUGGACAAAAUGAACCUCUUUGUACCGAAUUUCUCGUCGGCGGGGUUCCAGAUGUUAUCUGUUCUUCAGCAACUGAACUAUUGGACGAGGGACAUGAUCGAGGACCGUGCGGUGAAGGCACUUGCGCAGAUAGUUGAGACGAUCGAGGUUGUGGAAGAGAAGGAGGACGGCUGGCCUCCCCGUGUGGAGAUGUGGAAGAUGGAGCCCCGCGGGUCUGGCUUGUAA